AUGACCUGCAAUCCUAAUUGGGAUGAGAUCAGGAGUUCACUUUACCCGGGCCAGACACCACAUGAUCGUCCAGAUCUCGUCGCCCGGGUCUUCAGGGCAAAACUUGAGGAGUUGAAGAAAAGUUUGCUCGAAGAUCACAUCCUUGGAGAGGUCCAAGCCUAUGUAUAUGUCGUUGAGUUCCAGAAGAGGGGACUGCCGCAUGCCCAUUGGUUGCUUAUAAUGCGCAACAAGUUCAAACUCACGUGUCCCGAGCAGUAUGACCUUCUUAUAUCAGCUGACCUACCGAAUAAGAAGAAGUACCCGGAGCUGUACAAGAUGGUCACCAAGCAUAUGAUGCAUGGGCCGUGCGGUUUGCUAAAUAUGAAUUGCCCGUGCACGAAGGGUCGUGAUUCAUGCAAGAUCUACUACCCGCGCCCUUUCUGUGAGGUCACCUCGCAGGGCAAGAAUUCCUAUCCCGUUUAUAGGCGACGUGAUGACGGGUGUAAGGAAAAAAUCCGGGGCCAUGAGCUGGACAAUCAAUGGGUCGUCCCUUACAACCCUUACCUACUGCGGUUGUUCAACUGCCACAUCAAUGUUGAGGCAUGUGGGAGCAUUAAGUCUGUGAAAUAUUUGUUCAAAUACAUAUACAAGGGGCAUGACCGAGCGUCUGUGGCUGUGAGAGAAUCUGACAAGGAGGACGAAAAGGGAAACAUCGACGAGAUCAAGCAAUACAGAGACGCCAGGUGGGUUACACCUCUAGAGGCGCUGUGGAGGAUAUAUGGAUUUGACUUGAGUAAGGUCCAUCCGCCCAUGAAGCAGCUGCAGCUUCAUCUUCCUGACAUGCGCAUGGUCUCAUUCCAUCAACUCUAG